AUGUUUGGCUAUUUGGACGGCGAAUCAACGGAUGACUUUGCGAGUGAAGACGAAGAGCCGAGCGAAGGUUCCUGGAACAAUCCAAUCGACUUGACAAGUGACAGCGACUAA